CGGAGGGGGGAGAACCAGCGAGCCAACGAACGUCAAAAGCUGCUCUGAUAACUUUGUUUCUUCUGCCCGCCCACUUCACCUGCCUCGGCUGGCUGGAGAAGGCUGGUGCGGAGGCUCCAGGCGCCCCGUUAAUGAUCCUCUCGCCUCCCGAUGGGGCACUGCAUGGAUUGAAUCAAGAUGAUCUGAUUUGCACAGUAUUCUCGAGAUGACUUCCACAAACACAAGCAACAAAAAUAGCUUGUACAACGAAGAGAGAAAUUUGCUCCGCAUUCAAGCAAAAGAAAGGCGAAAUCAGGAAGCUCAUCAGGAACAAGAAGCGUUCCCUGCAGAUAUUCCCCUUUUUGGAGCGCCUUACAAGAAUAACAAAGCCGAUGAAUUGUCUAGCCGAAUUCAGAAAAUGUUUGGCAAUUAUGAAGAGAUGAAAGAGCUCAUCGUCAACCAGUUCUAUCAGAAUUUCAUAGGGAUUCCUACAAGUGUCAUGCCGCUAUUCCCCCCGCCUAAAGUAGAUCGUCCUCUCUUUUCUGAAAAGACUGGCGCCCCAUUCCAGAACCACAGCCACCAUCGCAAACACGGGGGACCUCUUAGCUCGGAUGUUCCGUCUGUAGGCAGCUCCUACCCAAAGAUUCACUCGAGAGUGGAGCCCGCCUCACAAAGUGCCGGAUUGCCUAGCUACCAGAAGCCAGGUCCUGCAAAGAGCUGCAAGACUGAAGGACUACAAAGUGGUCGAUGUCAGCCGAAAAGUAAGAAGUCCACUGAAAAAGCUACUGUACCUGAGGCACGACUCUCCCUUAUGGAACUUUCUCCCUUAUUGUCUACGUUGUCUUCCCCUGUACCACCUCUGUCCCCUCUACAUUCCGGCCAGUGUGUCAGUUCCAGAUCCCUCAGCAGUAAGAUCGAAAAGCAUGGGCAAAAUAGCUCCCCAUCCCAGGACCUCCUGACCAGCACGCGUGAUAAUGAAAACGAGGACACUUCGACUGCUACUGUAGCUGUCAGUGGUCAGCUUUCCAGCCAGACAUUUCCUUCAUCCUUAUCAAAAACAAGUGCAAUACAACAGAAACCCACUGCCUACGUUAGACCAAUGGAUGGCCAAGACCAGGCUCCAGAUGAGUCACCCGAACUCAAGCCACUGCCAGAGGAAUACCAGGAACAGCCCUAUGGGAAAAUAACAAAUUUAAAAACCAACAUCAAGACCAACUUACCCAAAUUGAAAAUACCCGCGGAACCAAUUGAGCAGUCUUACUCCAAUGAAGCCCAUUGUGUUGAAGAAAUUUUGAAGGAAAUGACCCAUUCAUGGCCACCUCCUUUGACAGCCAUCCAUACUCCUAGCACAGCUGAGCCUUCAAAGUUUCCAUUUCCUGUAAAGGAAACCCAGCAGACUGGAUCAGUAAUUCAGAGCCAGAAGCAGUGUGAUACGCCUUUGAAGACUUUGUGUGUUUCUCAACAAGGAACAUCAACACUGCAUAAAGAUCUAGAGAUCAGUGACAGUGAAGACUGCGAUGAUGACCAAGUUUCUGAUAAACCGUCUUCCUCAUCAACACCUCCAAGUGCCCCACAAUCGCAGCCCGAGAGUGUGGCAUUGGCUCAUUCCAGCAGUGCAGAAUCCGAAAGCACAAGCGACUCAGACACUUCCUCCGAUUCUGAAUCUGAAAGCAGCUCUAGUGACAGCGAAGGAACUGAUCCGCCAACAAGAGUCUCGACACCUGAGCCUGAUCCACAAACAUCCAACAGAUGUUGGCAGCUGAACAACUGGCUGAUCAAAGUAAGCCAGCCAGUAUCUCCCACAGAGAGUUUCUUGGAAGAUGACCAUAGUCGAAGCAACGUCCAGGAGAGCAAAGGACAAGGAAAAACUGUCAGCUCUAGCAGUGGUAAUGGAGGCAAAAGGGAAUGUCAGAUGAGCGAUGGUCAUUCCAAACCCGGCAGCAGAGUGUCUCGGUCAACUCAAGAUGUACAUCUCCCUACCAAACGCAGUUACCAAAAGACUCCUGUGGUCCCAGAAGAGCCUCUCCACCAGACGGUGGGCAGUAAGCAACCCAGGAAAUCCAGCAAAGCGACAGUACAGGAGGAACCAAAGAGAGGCCUGACAGUGGAAAGUGAACCACUGGGACUGUACGGGGCCAAAGACCAGUCUUCCAAAGACAAGCCUAAGGUGAAAACGAAAGGGAGGCCGAAACCGGACGAUAAGAAGGAAUCGAAACCAACUGCCCCAGAAACCACUGAGAAGAAAAAACACAAAACGCUUAAAACCUUAUUUGCUCACGAUGACACAAAAGUAGAUGUGGCGGGAAGUGCCCUGGAACCAUUGCCCCUCAGUCCUCUCGGUGAAAGCCCGAGGGUGGUUACUACUAGUAGAACUAAUGGUGGCUCCAAGGUGUCUGUUACUGUCAAGGAAGAACUUCAAAGAGACAAAUAUAUUUUGCCUAUCAGAGAUAAGAAGUUGCUGUCGCCCUUGAGGGAUUCCCCCGUCCCGCCAGGGCUUGUGGUUAAAAUUGAGCUUGCUCUCCUCUCGCGGAUCCCUCAGCCAGGCGAGAAGGGGCUCUUCCCUAAAAAACAUGAACUUAAAGACAGCCAUGGUAUGACAAAGCAGGGUAUCGACAAAAGAAGCACAGAUGCACCAAGCAAAACUCUGAAAAAGAGAAAGCAGGAAGAGGCACUGAGAAAUGAUCACAAGAAGGUCAAGCUGGAGAGAGAAACCAAAUCUUCCUCAUCUUUAGGCCAUAAAGAUUCCAGUAAAACUAAGAUGUCGAAGCUCUCAGCAACAGAGAUGCCAAGGAGAGAAAUGCCACUGCCAAUGCCACCACCACUGUCUCCCAUGCAGCCCUCUCAGAAGCCACCUAAGACAGCUCAAAAGAGGCCAAAGAGUGAAAACGAUGCCGGUUAUCAGGUUCCCGGUCCCACAAUCAGCACUGCCAAGAGCAAAGAGAGCCACAAAGAACCUUCAUCCUCCAAGCACAAGAAACUGGAGGGGAAACCUUUGGAAAACUCCAAAAGUGACAAAGGCUCUGCAGAUGAUGUCCCGAACCCCUUCCCAGUGCCUUCUUUGCCAAACGGUACCUCCAAGCCAACGAAGCCUCAAAGCAAACCUCACCGACAACAUCCAAUAGAAUUUCACUUAAAGGAAGCCAAAAGAUUGAAGCACAAAGCUGAUGCAAUGACAGACAAAGUUGGAAAGGCCUUCAAAUACUUGGAGGCUGCCCUGUCCUUUAUUGAGUGUGGCAUUGCAAUGGAAUCCGACCCCCUCUCACCAAAGCCAGCCUAUACCAUGUUCGCAGAAACCAUAGAGCUCAUUAAAUUCAUAAUGACAUUAAAAUCCUUUGCGGACUCUUCAACAACCACACAAGAAAAAAUCUUCAUUGUUUUUUGCAUGCGCUGCCAAGCCAUUCUGUACAUGGCAAUGUUUCGCUACAAGAAGGACACAGCAAUAAAGUAUUCCCGGACUCUUAAUGAACAUUUCAAGAGUUCCUCUAGAAUUGCCCAAGCACCUUCUCCAUGCAUUGCAAGGAGCACUGGCACCCCUUCUCCGCUCUCCCCGAUGCCUUCUCCGGCUGGCUCAGUCAGCUCCCAGACGGGUUCCAGCGCCAGCAGCUGCGGAAGUAGCAGCCUCGGCUCCUCAGUCAGCGUCCCUCAUUAUAUCCCGACCAUCACCUCCUCCUUCGUUAACAUCACUUCUUAUAUUCUGUACGCCUACGACUUCUGGGAACAAGCUGAUCUUUUGGCUAGGAAAAAUAAGAAAUUUUUUUCCAAGCUCAGCGCUGCCGCCUGCUUUCUCUCGCUGAACAGCAGUAUGAUUGAACUCGUACACUACACCCGUCACGGAUUGCAAUGGCUGAGACUGGAAUCAAAUAUGCCUUAAUGGGUGAUUCAAGGUGAAGAUUUUGCCUUGGACUCUGUUUUGCACUUUGAAAGCCUCCUAAAUAAAGCCUUUGUGGGCUGACUGGUUGGAUUUGAAAAAGGAAAGGAGAGGAGAGGAAGAAAAAAAAAAAAAAGCACCUGGAACAAGUUUGAAUUAAGCAUGAUGGAAGGGAUCUGGCACCACUGGAAAACUUUUAUUAUUAGAGGCUGCAUUUCUACUAUGCCAAUGGGCCACUUAGAAGAUAAAAGAGUGAAGAAGAGGGCCUCAAAGUGGAAGAAAAUGCUUUUCUUUCAAAGGACAAAGUGCAAUUGUCUCCUUUCUCUACCCCUCCCCUCCCCUCCCCCCCCCCAUUCCCAUCAUGGUUUCUUUGUGUCAAUGGUCUAUAAACAUUUCUAGUAAUGAAUAACCAGCAAGAUAAUCGAUCAGUCGGCACAGUGAAGAAGCACCAGUGAAAUCCAUUUCCCAAAGAAUUUUCUACAACACCUAAGGGAUGCACCGAUAUCCAGGGGUGCCCAGUGCAUGAUUCUGAAUUUUAUUUUAUUUUUUUUAAGCAUAAAUCACCAACUCCUCUCAGUUCUGGCAGGUGGCAGAACCCGGAUAACUGGGUGGCAUUUCUUCAGCCAUAAAUUGAUUUUUUUUUGUUAAAACU